GGCUCGUUUAUUCAGUGGGCGAACACAAGUCUUGAGUUUUUAACGAGCGACUUUGCAGCCCUACUCAUUGCGGUUAGGUUCACAGGAGGAUCCGAUUUAUAUACAAACCCUACACCGGCAAUCAAUCACGGAGUGAACAAUCCAGUGCAUUGAACAGAGAAACUAUAUACCGCAUGGUCCGCAUCCAUUUCACACCUGCCCGACAAAAUUUCUAAAUCAGCAAGAUCUUCUAAAGCUUUAAAAAAACAUUUUUCUUUAAAAGAAAAAGAUUUCUUUCCCAUUCACUGGCUGUCCAAACCCUUAACACAAUUUUCUCAUUCUUCAAACAGAAUUCAGAUCUCAUCCAAACUCACAACACACUUUUAUAUUCAAAAUUCUCAAACCCCAUUCAUAUCACAUGUAUACACCAAAACCCAGUUCAAGAUUCAUCUGUCUCACCCUCACCCUUUUCCUAUUUCUGAGUCUUUUUAUCACUGGCUUCGCUUCUGAAUCGGAACCCACCACAGUUGAUGUCAAUGGCGAUGAUUCGGAUGACAUUGAAGAACUCAUAGCAUUGGAUGAAGAAGAAGAGUUGCAAGGAAAAGUAGGAGAAGGGGCUGAUCAUGUGAAACCAUCUGAAGCUGAGGUUCUGAGCAAGGCCCAAAGGAUAGUUAUUGAGCUCAACAGUGAUAAUAAGAAGAGGGUCAUUGAUGAGAAUGGGUUUGUUCUUGUUCUGGGUUAUGCACCCUGGUGUCCCAGGAGUGCUGAAUUGAUGCCUCAGUUUGCUGAGGCUGCGACGUCUCUGAAGGAAUUAGGGAGUCCCCUUGUGAUGGCCAAGCUGGACGCCGAGCGGUAUCCGAAGGCGGCAUCGAACCUCGGGGUCAAAGGGUUUCCCACUCUGCUCCUGUUCAUCAAUGGCAGCUCUCAACCUUACAAUGGUGGAUUUACCUCGCAAGAUAUUGUGAUCUGGGCAAGGAAGAAGACUGGCGUGCCUGUUAUCAGAAUUAACUCAGUAAAUGAGGCAAAAGAGUUUCUUGAAAAGCAUUCUACUUUUGUUGUUGGGCUGUUCAAGAAGUUUGAGGGAUCUGAUUAUGAAGAAUUUGUAAAAGCGGCAACAUCUGACAAUGAAAUCCAAUUUGUUGAAACAAGCACCGUUGAUGUUGCUAAAUUUCUCUUCCCAGAUAUCAAGCCUCAAAUUAUUUUCCUUGGUCUGGUUAAAAGUGAGCCUGAAAGAUACACUACAUUUGAAGGCGCCUUCAAAAUGGACAAGAUAUUGCAGUUUCUGGACCAUAACAAGUUUCCAUUAGUCACUAUAGUGACUGAACUUAAUUCUGUCAGGGCUUAUUCCAGCCCAAUCAAACGCCAGGUUUAUGUCUUUGCGGAUGCUGAUGAUUUCAAGAACCACCUUGAGCCUCUUCAAGAUAUUGCAAGGAAGUUCAAAUCGGAGAUAAUGUUUUUAUACAUAGACAUCAAAGAGGAAAACCUUGCAAAGCCUUUUCUGACUUUAUUUGGGUUAGAAGAAUCAGAGGACUCUGUUGUAGCUGCUUUUGAUAACAGAGGCAGCUCAAAGUAUUUGUUAGAGUCAGAUCUGAGACCAAGUAAAAUAGAAGAGUUCUGCUUGGGGCUUCUGGAUGGGAGUCUGGCACCAUACUAUAAAUCACAGCCAAUACCAGAUAACAAAGAGGCGGGCAUUCAGAUCAUUGUGGGAAAGACAUUGGAUAACUUGGUUCUGAGCAGUCCCAAGAACAUUAUCUUAGAGGUACACACACCGUGGUGCAUCAACUGUGAAGCCACAAGCAAGAAAGUGGAGAAGUUGGCAAAGCAUUUCAAAGGGUUGAAUGAUCUAAUUUUUGCGAGGAUAGAUGCUUCUGCAAAUGAACAUCCAAAACUGCAGGUAGAUGACUAUCCAACACUUCUUCUCUACCCGGCGGGUGACAAAUCCAAUCCUAUCAAACUUCCUACGAAGUCUAACUUGAAGGACUUGGCAGCACUCAUCAACAAAAAUUUGAAAGGCCAGGAUCAAAAAACGAAAGAUGAACUGUAGAAAAUACAUUGAUCAAAGGUAAUCCACUUGAAUAAUGAAAACAAAGGAAAAAGAAAGAAGAAGUCGAGAUGCCGGUAGAGUUUAUUGUUAACAAUUAGGAAAUGUCAGUAUAUAUGGUAUUCUAAAGCUGCUUGCACUGGUUGAUUCAUUGGCAUUAUGCGAAAAGCAAGUACUUAUGUCAGAUGAAACUAAAUGCAACAGAGUUUACCUAUAGAUUAUAGCUCCACUUUGAAAAUUUUUGGCUGUCUUGUGCCGCAGUCUGAUAUUAUUGAUCCACAUUUAAGAGGUUUUGCAAGAAAAAAAAAUAUGUUUUGGUUGUCUUGGGGCAGAUGCCUCCUUCUCUCUC